CACAUGAUGCCUCCCCGCCAAGCCCGCCCAGCACAUGACCCAGGCCAGCCAGCGGGGUCCUGGCAGACCCGGGCCGCGUCCCCGAGCACGGCCCAUGGCCUCGCCGCGCCUCGGGACCUUCUGCUGCCCCACGCGGGACGCCGCCACCCAGCUCGUGCUGAGCUUCCAGCCGCGGGCGUUCCACGCGCUGUGCCUGGGCAGCGGCGCGCUCCGCCUGGCGCUCGGCCUCCUGCAGCUGCUGCCCGGGCGCAGGUCCGCGGGCCCCGGGGUCCCCUCGACGGCCCCGCCGGCCUCGGCCCGCGCCCCGGCCUCCGCCCGUAUCCUGCGCGCCGCCACCGCCUGCGACUUGCUCGGCUGCCUGGGGAUCGUAGUCCGGUCUAUGGUGUGGUUAGGAUUUCCAGAUUUUGUUGAAAGCACCUCAGACGUGAAUGGGACAGACAUUUGGCCUGCCGCCUUCUGCGUGGGGAGUGCAAUGUGGGUCCAGCUGUUGUACAGUGCCUGCUUCUGGUGGCUGUUUUGCUAUGCAGUUGACGCCUAUCUGGUGAUCCGGAGGUCGGCGGGACUGAGGUAUUCAGAGAGCACGAUCCUGCUGUACCACAUCAUGGCGUGGGGCCUGGCUGCCCUGCUCUGCGUGGAGGGAGUGGUCAUGCUCUACUAUCCUUCCGUGGCCAGGUGUGAGAGGGAUCUGGAGCACGCCAUCCCCCACUAUGUCACCACAUACCUGCCAAUGCUGCUCGUCCUCGUGGCCAACCCCAUCCUGUUCCGAAAGACAGUGACUGCAGUGGCCUCUUUACUAAAAGGAAGACAAGGCAUCUACACAGAGAACGAGAGACGGAUGGGAGCCGUGAUCAAGAUCCGCUUUUUCAAAAUAAUGCUGGUUUUCGUGAUUUGUUGGUUGUCGAACAUCAUCAACGAAAGCCUUUUAUUCUAUCUUGAAAUGCAACCGGAUAUCAGUGGAGGCUCUUUGAAACAUGUCCGAAUUGCAGCCAAGACCACGUGGUUUAUUAUGGGGAUACUGAAUCCAGCCCAAGGAUUUCUCUUGUCUCUGGCCUUCUACGGCUGGACGGGAUGCAGCCUGGAUUUUCAGUCUCCCAGGAAGGAGAUCCAGUGGGAGUCGAUGACAACCUCAGCCGCCGAGAGGGUGCACCGGUCCCCAGAGGGCUCCUGUGUGCCGCACGAGAGCCUCACUUCCAGGAAGGUGGCAGGUGUCAGCGAGCACACUUCCGACGAGGCCCUGAGCAUGCUUUCUGAAGGUUCCGAUGCCAGCACAAUUGAAAUCCACAUUGCAAGUGGGCCCCGCCACGAACAUGAGGUUGGAUCUGUUCCCCAAACCCAGGGAGACCUAUGAGACGGCCGUGACGGGGGUCCAGCCCCCACAUUCCUCAAACUCGACAUUUCUCAUUCUCUAGAACUGUUCUGGCCUUCCCAUCACCACACUGCCAGGUGUGGCAUCCCCCCAAUCUUACUCUCAUCCCCGUAUUAGAGCUUCUCCCCGAGGAUCCUCUUUAUGAUGAGAAAGGAUCCAUGAGUGUGUGCUUGGGAAUCACAGAAUUCCUUCUAGACCAAAGAACAGCUUCUCUAGACUCUUAGUAGCCAUUAGUUUUUCUGAGACCGGCUGUAAUGUAAAUGCCGGAUCCCAGUGCUUCGGAAAAGUUCAGAAAAUAAAGUAGCUGCAACCAAG